AUGCAUCACUUGCCCACCGACAAACUGUUCUCGCUCCAAGGAAAGACAGUCAUCUGCACGGGAGCUACAGGUGGCAUUGGCCAAACCCUGUGUAAAUCCCUUGCAAUUGCAGGUGCGGACAUUGUCUCUAUUCAGAUUCCCAAUGAUGUCCACAGCGAAAGUCUUUCAAGAUCUAUCUCAGAGCUUGGUCGAAAGCUUUGGACUUUUGAGUGUAAUCUGACCGAUCCAUCUUCAAUUCGUUCAACCUUUCAAAAUAUUUGGCGAACAGGAAUCACACCUUCCAUCCUUUUGAACUGUGCCGGUGUCAAUAGAAGAUGCCCAAUCACAGAAGUCACUGAUGAUGAUCUCGACCUUAUUCUCUCCAUCAAUCUUAAGGCUACAUACGUAGCCGCACAAGAAUUUUCAAAGAAGUUGCUUCAGCUCAAACUUCCUGGUAAAAUUAUCAACAUUGGCUCGGUAACUUCAUUUCGGGGCAUGUACAAUGUUUCUGCAUAUGCAAGCUCCAAGGGCGGAGUCGUUCAAAUGACGAAGUCUUUCAGCAAUGAGCUUGCCCCUCACAACAUUCAAGUCAACUGUAUCUGCCCAGGAUAUAUUAGAACGCCUUUGACGACACAGCUGGAGAAUGACUCAGUUUACAAUGACUUCAUUUUGAAGGGAACGCCGGCUGGCCGUUGGGGAACCCCUGAAGACCUGAGGGGAGCUGUCAUUUUUCUUGCCAGCGGGGCUAGUAACUUCGUCACCGGUUCGAGCUUGAUAGUGGACGGCGGAAUGCUCGCUGUCUGA